CUAAGUAGCUGAAUAGACAUCACUUGGGGUUUGGAAGCCGGAGUUAUUUGAACUAAUAGAUAAUUAUAAACAUGAAGCUGACAGGUCUCUUUAUGUUGGUCGUGAUGGCGGUGCUCUCGCUUCUCGCGGGCUCAGCGGAAAGCGCGCCAAAAGUUAACGUCAACGCUAUUAGGAAGGGCGGCCAUGUUAUUAAAAAAGGCUUCGGCGUUCUCGGCGCAGCCGGCACGGCCCACGAGGUGUAUCAACAUAUUAAAAAUAGAAGACAUCAAUAAAACAAUACAUACAUGUAGUAUAUUUUGCAUAAAUAUAUGAAAACAAUUGUAAAACUAUUUUGUAGAUAUUAUGAAAAACAAGGCAUUUUUGUUUUCACUCCAUACCUUUACAGCCCGUUCAGUGUUUAUAAUAUAAGUUAUUUAGAGGUUUGAAGAAAUAAAAAUAACUUAUUUUAUUAUUAUAAAAGUCAACCUAACUAAACUAUCUGAGAUUUUGAAAAAG